AUGGAGGAAGCAGACAUCCUGGAGAUGACGGUUUGCUUCCUGAGACGACAGAAACAACAGCAACAGACCCAGCCAGUGAGCUCCUCAUCCUGCUCAGCACAUGUCAAUCAGGGCUACUCCAGGUGUGUCCAAGAGAUUUUGCACUUCCUGUCCAAGGAUGAGGUGAAGACACAUCCCAGAGAAGACUGCUGAGCCACUUCCAGAGCCUGCAGCCAUCCUCUGAUAAGAACAGGAGGGAGAGUGACCUGCCUCAGAUGAGCUACCCAGCCUAG